GGGGUGGGGGAGGUUGCUUUUUCCUAGCUGCAAAGUUCCACAAAGAGGUAGGAAUAGUGCAGAGAAGUCCAAUCCAAUGUGCUAUGUAUGCCCCCAAUGUUUAUAAAUCCUUUACUUUGCCAAAGUGGCCACGAGUAUGACUCUGAUGGUGUACUGGCUGAAUUAUCCCCACGAGGAAUGCAGUUUAUGAGAAGGGCUGUUUUUUUUUAUGAGCUUAGAAGUCUGGGGAAAUGGUUCAGUCAUUUCUUAAGGCCUUGAAUUAACAGGCUGAAUACUGUUGAGUUCACUGGUUAAACAAAAAGGAACGCUUCAAAGAUUAGUACUUGGAAUUCUAGACAAGGAGCUUUCCGAGAGAAUACAACUCAUGGAAGAGUUAAGCCUUCAUAGAGGUGGCAAGGCAAUCUAAGUUGAUCAAGACUCAGGUGAGGGAGCAUAAACCAAACUGGGAGUGAUUGGAAGCAGGUAACCUGUACUCCACAAAACAGUAAAAUCAGCUGCCACAGCCAUUGAAAAAAAGGAAUUUUGGUUCCUCCCCCCUUCCAAUCUCUUCCUUUUGUAGUGAAUCUUAGAAAGCUUGAGAGCAGGGACUGAUCUUUGUAAGGCAUUCAGGAAGGUUUUUUUUUAACGACAAGUAAGAGUAGGAUAAAAAAAUACUUGAACUUGCUCUUCAAUUAUCUGCAAAUGCAGCACAAAGAGCACUCAGAAGGAGCAAUUCAGCCAUUUUUGAAGAUCUCUUUAGCAAAGAGCCUUUACAAGAUAUGGAAAGGUUCGUAAUGUUAAGGGGUUUGUCCUGGAAGAGAAACACAGGGACGAAAGUGAUCAAAAAUGGCAUUGAUUGCAACCACCUAGUGUGAAAUUCACUUCCUGGGUUUGGGGCAUAGCUGCCAAGUUCUCCCUUUUUUUAAGGGAAAUUCCAUUAUGCUGAAUAGGCUUCCUCGCGAGAAAAGGGAAAACUUGGCAGCUAUGGUCUGGGGACAAGCAGCCUUUACAAAGAUAAAAGACAUGAUCUCCAUCACUCCCAUAUUACAGUUUUGUGAUGGCAGCAAGGCAGCACACAAUGAUUGGCAGCUAUGGAUUAUGAGAAGUACUACUACAACUGCAUGGUUUAGAAUGGAUACCAGUUGCGUUCUGUUCCAGAACACUUAGCAAAGCAGGAAAAUGUUAUGCGCAAAUUGAAAAGGGGUGCUUUUCUAAUGUUUAGAGACAUGCUAAGUCUUUCACUGCUACCUAUGCGGUUUAUCUUAUUUAAGUCUACUUACAAGCCAUAAAUGCUGGGUGGCCAUUAUAAAAGAAAAACAAACUAACUAACAACAGCUUUGGACUGAGGACCAUUAUGAUAUCAGCAUCUUCUAAGAAGAAGAAAAAUGAGUUCAACCUAGUAGUCGAGAGUGUCCAGGAAAAAAGAGCUCACAGCAGCCACCUUGUAAUAAAACGCCGCAAUGCGAGUUGCAGGAGGAAAUUAAAGCUUAGUUUCAUGUUGUGCAUGCUUCCUUGACAGCAUCUUAGGUUUCAUCAGAACCAUUAUUUGUUUCUUAAAAUUUGUAUGCAGCCCUUCCUGGGCAGCAGACAUCAACUUGUUAAAGCAAUACAAUUAAAAAUAAAAACAAAUUUUAAAACAAUUAAAACACUGAAAUGCAUUUGCAACAACUACAAACAUCUAAAACCACGAAAGUCUUACAGAGCAUGCUCUGAGGGCACAUGGUGAAGCAGAUAAAUAGCUGGGUUCGGUCAGUGUCUGGAUGGGAAACUACAUGGGAAGUGUGUGUACAGUAUGCUGCUUUUGAAUCCCAUGAUGGGGGAAAGGUGGGAUAGGACUAUACUACAUACAUACAUACAUACAUACAUACAUACAUACAUACAUACAUACAUACAUACAUGCCCUAUAUCAGAUGAAAGUGGCUUAGCAAUGCUUCCGAGGUGACUAGAAAAUACUUUGACCAUGGGCAACUAAGUGAAUGAGAAGGCCUGAUCAGAAAAUUGUACCAAACCAUAUGGAAAUACAUUAGACAAGUUCUAACAAAAUGCAGUGAACUCACCAGGUUAAAAAAGACAAAGAAAAAGGGUAAAGGACCCCUGGAUGGUUAAGUCCAAACGAAGGUGCCUAUGGUGUUGCGGUGCUCAUCUCACUUUCAGGCCGAGGGAGCUGACGUUUGUCCACAGACAGCUUUUGGGGUCAUGUGGCCAGCAGGACUAAACCGGUUCUGGCACAACGGGACACUGAUGAGUGCCAGAGCGCACGGAAAUACACCAUGAAGAUAGUAGCUCAGUUGUUUAGAGCGUGCUGCUCACAAUGCCAAGGUUGCAAGUUCGAUCCCUGUAAUGGAGGGACAGAUGCGGAUCCCUUCAGUGCAGGGGAUUGGGCUAGAAUUCAGGGGUCAGCAAACUUUUUCAGCAGGGGGCCGGUCCACUGUCCCUCAGACCUUGUGGGGUGGUGGUGGACUAUAUAUAUAUAUAUUGGGGGGGGAGAACAAAUUCCUAUGCCCCACAAAUAACCCAGAGAUGCAUUUUAAAAGGACACAUUCUACUCAUGUAAAAACAUGCUGCUUCCCGAACCAUCCACGGGUCGGAUUGAGAAGGCGAUUGGGCCGGCUCCGGCUCCCGGGCCUUAGUUUGCCUACCCAUGGGCUAGCGAUCCUCAGGCUCCCUUCCAACUCUGUAAUUAUGUUUGUGAAUGCCAGUUGUUGAAAAACACAGGAGGGGAGCGUAUACUUGAAGGAGCGUCUCCACCUCCAUUGUUCUGCCCGGACACUGAGGUCCAGUGCCGAGGGCCUUUUGGCGGUUCCUUUGCUGCGAGAAGCCAAGUUACAGGGAACCAGGCAGAGGGCCUUCUCGGUAGUGGCACCCACCCUGUGGAACGCCCUCCCACCAGAUGUCAAAUAGAAAAACAACUACCAGACUUUCAGAGGACAUCUGAAGGCAGCCCUGUUUAGGGAAGCUUUUAAUGUUUAAUACAUUAUUGUAUUUUAAUACUUCUGUUGGAAGCUGCCCAGAGUGGCUGGGGAAACCCAGCCGGAUGGGUGGGAUAUAAAUAAUAAAUUAUUAUUAUUAUUAUUAUUAUUAUUAUUAUUAUGCUCAAGUCCUGCUUGCAGGCUUUCCAUACACAUCUGGUUGGCUACUGUGAGAGUUGUACUAGAUGGCCUGCCAGGCCCGCUGUUCUUAUGGUAGCAUCCUAUUGGAAACAACAAGUGAAAGAAUCUUUACUCCCUAUACUGUUUCCUGGUAGGCCAGCCUUUGCCAGCCUGGUGACCUUCAGAUGUUUUUUAGACUAUAACUCCCAUCGAUCCAACAAGCACACUGGCUGGGGCUGAUGGGAGUUGUAGUCCAAAACAUCUGGAGGGCACCAGGUGGGAAAAGGCUGUGAUAGGCCUUGGAAAUGACUUGCAGCUAACCUGUGUAAAAUGGAAGAUCCAUGGGAUUUGAUUGUAAACAACACCGAAAGGAAGAAAAAUCAGAACACCCAUUCUACCCAAGAACAAAUCCUAUUCUACAGUGGCCUGGCCUGAAAAAGUUGCCCCCAUAUGAUUACAAAGCUAAGAGGAGUUAUGAGUAUUUCUGUAAGUCGUGCAAUUCAGUUCAUGAACUACCACACUGAGAACCUGGGAAGAGAGUUUGUAUCAAACAACAGAGACAAAGCAUCUCAGACUCAGCCACUGUGACUAUGUAGUUAAAAAUAAAACACCCACGUCAUAUUCUGUUGAGACUGAAUGUGAAAAACGUAACAGAGAAGACUUGAAUAAGAAACAGAGAGAAUGAUAAAUUUUAUAAUGCAAGUGGGUGUUGAACUCAUUUAAUAAGCUGUCUGCACAAAGUGUAUCAAUCCUAUGGCGUGAGCUGUAACUAAGAAGCUUUACACAAUUGCUGAUUCCUGCAUUGAAAAAAUCCAGUGAAAAUGACAACCAUGGAGACUUCCAUGAUGAUGUGUUGGGAUAUCUUAUAACGCCCUCAUUCCCACCAUGGACAAUAUAUUCUUACGAGUUUGUGGAUGGCAGACACCCUGUGUAAUGCGUUUGUUGGUGCCAGACACUAAAUCCCUGGACCCAAAUGUUAAAAGCGAAAUAAGCCAGGCUAGUUUCUUCAUGAGCUAAUCGCCUGGGAGAUGAGCCAUUUAGAGAACAAAGGAAAUGUAAUGGGCCAUUAAGAAAGGCUCUGUGCCAAAAACCAAGUACCGGUAGGUGGUGCCCCUCCUCCAGCUCUGAGUAAGAAAAAGAAAAGCCAGAAUUUAAAGCUGAGAUUGAGCUAUAGGAAAGGAGGUUUCAGGUUGAAAAGGGCAGCAAGCUGGGUCGAUGAGACGUUGAGAGUUUUGUGCUUUGCGCCUGAGCCGAACGGAACGAGUUGCCAUGUCUCUCACAAUUUUGCUUGUUCAACCUACCAAAAGACCAGAAGGCAGGACUUAUGCCGAUUAUGAAUCUGUGAAUGAAUGCAUGGAAGGAGUCUGUAAAAUGUGUGAAGAACAUCUGAAGAGAAUGAAUCCUAACAGCCCUUCAAUUACAUAUAUUAGCCAGUUAUUUGAUUUCAUUGAUGGCUUGGCUGACCUCAGCUGCCUUGUUUAUCGUGCUGAUACUCAGACAUACCAGCCAUACAAUAAAGACUGGAUAAAGGAGAAGAUCUAUGUCCUUCUCCGCAGACAAGCUCAACAAGCAAGCAAAUAGACACCAUGGUUAAAUGGGGUUUUGAGGGAAGGGUUUUGACAACAGGUGUGUACAGCGUUCUGUAGUGAAAGUUUUGUAUUGUAGUCCUUCUGUUCAUUCUUGUUAGCCUGUAUCUGAGACAAAAUCUGUUAGAAUUCCAAGGGACUUUCUCAGUUUUAAAAAAGAAGAAAGGAUAUGCCUUCCGCAAGUCUUUUAGUUUAAUUGUCGUUGCUUAGACAGUUCUACUUUCGUUCCUCACUCCCAGGAUUGUUCAAUUCUGCUUUACCACAGUCGCUGUAUGUACUCCCCUUUGGGGUUUUUUCCAUUGUUAUUUCUUGGAGGCAGUCACGGUGAAGAAUAAAAUAAAUACUCUUUAGAUAAAGAAAAA